UUGAAUGAAAUAUGAAUCAACAAUUUAUUGUCCAGUUUUCACUUUAUAAAUUAAUCUAUUUAAGCAAGUGCUAAUAUUUAAUAUUUAUUUCUGCGUUAUUCGCCGGUACCACUGGUGACGCCAAUUGCCAAGUACAGACUGCAGUUUAUCGACGAGCAAUAGCCAAUAGGUACUAACUACUACUGCGGAAGUACAAAGUACUUAGAAGUCGAUAAUAUUAUGUCAACUUAAUUUAAUUAUAAGUGAUUUAAUCUUUUUCAUAGACCAGCGAAAUGGAAAGACCAACAUUUCCGUUACUUAACGAAACUUUAAAUUUUCUAAAGAAUGAUGUAGUUGGUAAAGUGUCCAAUAUAGUGAGAAAUAAAAAUAGAUUUAUUUUUCAUGUUAUAUUUGAAGAAUAUGAAAAAAUCAACGACAAAAGUUUCAAUAUAGAUUUAAUUAAAGAAAAUUGCAUUCCAUUCGAUUCGAAUGUAGAACCUGGUUUACUGUUCAGUUGUCUACAUCCGAAUACCAAAAAAUGGGUGCGAUGUUAUGUGUUGUCGAUAUCUCAAGGACAAGCUAUCGUUGCACUCAUUGAUACUGGUGAAGUAACUAAAACAAAAAAGCUCAAAGAAAUUCCAGAUAAAUAUAAAAAUAUACCAGCAAUUACAUUUCAAGGUGAAGUGAGGUGUAUUAGUCCACCUGGAAUUUUACGACAUCUUAUGGAAAAUUAUCAAGACUACGUAGCAUAUUUUCAGUCAUUCAGAAUUACGUCUGAUUCAGAGGUCUAUAAAAAAAUGUUUUUGUCCUACGAAGGAAAUGUUAUGGUAGAUUUUAUCGUUAAAAAAUGGGAUCCUAUGCUAAUUGUGAAUGAUACAAACGAUAAUUCAAUGACAUUUAAGAACGGUUGUACUGUGAUUAUGGCUAAAUCGGAGAGUUACGAUUCUAGGCAUGUCUUUGUUAGAAGUAUUGAUAAAUUUGUAAGAAUAUUCAAAGAAGUAGAAGCUUAUUGCUCUAAAAAUGAUCCGUACAUUGGAAAUACACUUGGAUUAGAAGAGAUUGUUGGAGUGAAAUAUUCAGACAAAUUUUACAGAGGGAAAAUCGUCGAUAUACUGGGAUAUGAAAACGAGCAAAAUUAUGUGUUAUACUUAAUUGAUUCCGGACUAACAAUAAGUACUAAUACGGUCAUUGUGCUACCGCAAAAUUUAAAAGAGAUUCCACCGUCCGUGUGUUUAAUAGGAUUAAAAGACAUAACUCGGAAGCCGUUGACACCAGAAGCUCAGCAAUACAUUAAAUCUUUGUUUGAUAACUCUACAACAAUGAUACUUGAAUUUAAUGAUAACGAUACAUUUGGGUUGGAUUCAGUCUCGUUGACUAUAAUCAACAACAAUCAAGAUGUUAAUGGACAUAUAGAAGAACUUUUACAAUCUGUUGAGGAGACUACUAGUACAAACGAGUUUACUCCGUACCAUUCUGUGACAUCUUUAUUAAAAAUUCCACAUCAGAAUAUUUUAAAUACUCAUACAUGUGUGGACACAGCAAACACAGAUACUCAAGUAAAAUUGACAAAUGGUAAUGAUAAAAGUACACUAUUGAGUCCAGGAAGUCUGGUCUAUAUGUCAUCUUUUGUUAAUUUAAUGGAAAUUUUUGUGCGAAAGCUUGAAGACGACAACGACGAAUUCAAUUUUUUUUUGGGAGAAGUAGACGUAUAUUGUUCAACAGCUGAACCAAUUCAAAGGAAUUUGGUAGUUGAUGAAAUGGUAGGAGCCAAAUCACCCCUCGACGGCAGUUUUUAUAGAGGAACAGUAUUAAAACAAGUCGAUAAUGAAAAUUAUUUGAUUCGUUUUAUUGACUACGGUGAUAAAGAUACAGUACACAAAUCAAACAUUGUUGAUUUACCACCUGAAUUAAUGGUACCUACAAAUGUCAGUGCAAUUACCUUAAAGGGCAUAGUAUCAAAUAAGCUAACACCAGCUGCUAAGGAUUACAUAGCAAACUUGUUACAGACUUAUGAACCCAUGAUUAUAAACUUCGACCCUUCAACACCAUUAAAAGAUGUUGUCCUUAUUACUGAAAAUGGAAACGAAAAUGUCAAUGAUCACUUAAGACAAUUAUUAAAUGACGAAAAUGAAGAAAAUGUUAUAAUUGAAAGCAAAGUUGCAGAAAUUGAUAAUAUACCAAAAAAUAUUGAAAAAAUGUGUAUCAACGAUAAUGUUAAAAGCGUGGCUUUAAAUAAAGGAGCCAAAGUUUAUAUCACGGCAUUUAUUGACUUACAACAUAUUUAUGUACGUAAAGCUGAAGAUGAAUCUGAUGAGUUCUUAGAAUUUAUUGAUAAAGUCAAUAUUUUUUGUUUAACAGAAGGAGCACCUGUGGUGGGAUACCUUGAGAUAGGAGAUGUUUUUGGAGUGCGAUCUACACUGGAUGAGAAUUUUUAUAGAGCUAAGAUUAUUAACAAAACCAGUGAAAACAGUUAUAAAGUACAAUACAUAGAUUAUGGAAAUGAAGAAUGUGUAAAUUCCGAAGAUAUUGUUGGUAUAUCUGAUGAUUUAAAACAGGUUCCUUCCAACAUUUGUCAUGUCACUCUGAAAGAUGUUCCUUCAUGUACAUUAAAAGGUGCAGCCAAAGAUUAUAUGACUUUCUUGUGUGAAAGUGAAUUAGUUGUUGAAUCUAUAGAUACAAACAAAGUAGUGUUUAAGACGUUAGAUAACACAAUAGUCAAUGAUUAUUUAAAUAAUUUAAUUUGUGAAGCUGAUAAUCAGGUAAAUGGAGCAAAUGAAAUUGUUGCAGAGAACUUAACAACACAAGAUACUUUGGUAACAUCAUUAGCAUAUGAUGAUGAAAAAGUUGUCUUGAGCCCAGGAAGUGUGGUUUAUAUGGCAGCUUUUGUGGAUUUGUCUGAUAUAUAUGUUCGGAAAGUCGAAGAUGAUAAUGAAGAAUUUAAUUUGUUGUUGGAAAACGUGAAUUUACAUUGUUCAACCGGUGAACCAGUUCAACGGAAUUUGGUAGUUGAUGAAAUGGUAGGAGCCAAAUCACCCCUCGACGGCAGUUUUUAUAGAGGAACAGUAUUAAAACAAGUCGAUAAUGAAAAUUAUUUGAUUCGUUUUAUUGACUACGGUGAUAAAGAUACAGUACACAAAUCAAACAUUGUUGAUUUACCACCUGAAUUAAUGAUACCUACAAAUGUCAGUGCAAUUACCUUAAAGGGCAUAGUAUCAAAUAAGCUAACACCAGCUGCUAAGGAUUACAUAGCAAACUUGUUACAGACUUAUGAACCCAUGAUUAUAAAUUUUGACCCUUCAACACCAUUAAAAGAUGUUGUCCUUAUUACUGAAAAUGGAAACGAAAAUGUCAAUGAUCACUUAAGACAAUUAUUAAAUGACGAAGAAGAAAAUGUUAUAAAUGAAAGUGAAAUUGCAGAAACUGAAAAUAUACCAAAUGUAGUAAAUGUAGAUGUACAUAAUGUUGCGAGUACAAAUGAAAAGUACAAUGUUACAAAUCCGUUAAAAAGUGGAGAUAUUGUAUAUAUUACAGCUUAUAUUGAUUUAAAUAAUAUUUAUGUUCGCAAAGUUGAUGAUAAUAAUGAAGAGUUUGAAAAACUGCUCGAGAGAGUCAACACUUACUGUUCAUUAGGGAAUACAUCUGAUAGUAAACCACCAGAUUUACUAGAAAUAGUUGGUGCUAAAUCUAUCUCCGACGGAUGUUUCUACAGAGCAAAGGUAACUGGAAAGAUAAACGAAAAAAAUUAUAAUAUAGUGUUUGUUGAUUUUGGGUAUGAGGAAUGUGUUAACGUUGCCGAUAUUGUACUACUCCCUGUUGAGUUGCAACAGUUGACGCCAACAAUUCAUUUAGUCGGACUCAAAGGUGCCAAUUCAAUUUCUUUAAACGAUUCUGUCAACAAGUAUAUGGAAGGCUUAUUUAGUGAAACAAUGCGAGUCGAAUUUGAAGAUAUGAAUGCGGUUACGCUAACAAUCAUUAACCAAGAGCAAGAUAUUGUAAAUCAUAUAAAUAGUUUACUCACGGAAAUUGUCAAUGAUGAUACUAAUUUAAAUUCAGGUACACAAAAUAAAUGUUCUGAAAUCGUUCUUCCUCGAGUACCAGAAUUGACCAAUCAAAGUGUUGUCACUAUAAAUUCAUUUGUGAAUAAAACUGAUAUUUAUAUCAAAGUAUGUUACGAUAAAUCUAAAAUGGAUAAAUUCUUAAAAGAUUUCUCUUUCUAUUGUGCUUCUGUUAAUCCACUUGCUAGCCAACCUACUAUCGGAGAGAUCUAUGGCAUCCAGUCGUCUAUCGACGGAUUAUAUUAUCGAGGUGUCAUCGAAGAAAAACUUAGUAACAAUCAGUUUAAAGUGAUUUUCUUUGAAAUUGACACUAAAGAUGUUGUAUCAACAAAGAGCAUUGUCGAAAUUCCUAAUAAUCUCAAGCAAAUACCACGCAGCAUAUAUUUAGUGAACCUCCAAGGCGUUGACAUUAGAAGUCUCAAUGCUCGAGGACUGUCCUAUUUGAACAUGCUUUGUGAAAACAAUGUACCUUUAGUCAUUGAAUUCACCCAAUACGCUAUUAAUAGUUUAUUCUUUGUCACAUUAAAAACUGUCGACACUAAUGAAAACAUCAACGAACAUCUUACAAAACUUUUGGCGAAAAAUGAAAGAAAUUCUCCCGAAACGGUACAAGUCUUAAGCAAAGGAGAUAUUGUUUAUAUCUCAUCAUUUGACAAUUUUCAAAAUAUAAGCGUAAGACGUAUUAAUAACGGUACAGACAAAUUUAAAUCAUUCUUAGAGAAUUUUUCAUCUUCAUGUAGCCUUGAAAAACCAAUUGAUAGAGUCCCGAGAAUUGGUGAAAUAAUUGCCGCUCGACAAAAUGCAGGAAGUAAGUUCCACAGAGCCGAAGUUAUCGAUGCAGUCAAUUCUGAAAAUUACAAUGUUUGUUUUAUUGAUUAUGGAUCAAGAGAAACCGUACACAUCAGUAAUAUUGUACAGCCGUCUGACCAUCAGUUAAAAACUUGUGCGACAAGUUUUUUGAUCAACUUGGAAGGAUUACCAUCGGAACCUUUAAAUAAACCAGUACUGCACUUCAUUAAUAAUAUUAUUAAAACAGAUACAUUUAUAAUAGAUUCAAUUACCAGUCAAAAUCAAGCUGUUUUAGUAUCGGUUAACACAAAAGAAAAUUUAAAUGAUAAAAUCAAGAGUUUGUUAGCUAAUUGUAAUACAAUUGAAACUGUUAAUAAAAACGAGAAAUGUGAUUCAGAAAUGAAGCAAUUUGAAAAGUCUAUCAUCAAGUAUAGUAAAUUACCCUUGAACAUUCCUAAUCAGGUUUGGGUAGUUGAUAAAAUAUCUUCUUCGGCAUAUAUAGUACACACUAUUGAUAGCCGUUUAGAAUUUGAACGACUAGGAAAUAUAAUGUUUAAAGACGGAGAAACAUUCCAACCAGUAGAUAAGAUUAAAAUGAAUAUGCAAUGUGCCGUUUUAUUCAGUACCACUUGGCAUCGAGGAGAAGUAUUGGAAAUUAUUGAUGAAUGUACUGCAAGAAUAAAUCUUAUUGAUGUCACAAAAGUCAGCGUUGUUUGUGAUAUUAAAGAAAUAUUUAGUUUGUCACCAAAAUACCAGGGAAAAUCGUUGCUCACAAAAAUUAUUAUCCAACCAGAACCACAUGAAAUGUUAUACAACACAUUUAAAGUUAUUGCAAAAAAACAUUUGGAAGAUAGUACUGUUGUUAAGUUAGUUGAGGCGUCUACUAAUAUAAAUCAGUCCUAUGGAGAUCUGAACAAUGUAGGAUAUCCGUCAUUCUCUUCAACGCCUAUUCCCAACGGCGGGAAUGAAUUUGAUUUUAACAAAGACCUUUCGACACCAAAUGAUGGAAACUUAAUGAAUGGAAAUGUAUCUCAAAUACAACCAUUAGAGUAUAAAUCCCCUGUAAUACAGUCUCCAAAUCGAAGUUUGACCCCAAAUAUUUUUACAAUUAAAGAUGUACAGUACGCUCGUUGGCUUAAGGGUUCGAGUAAAACAUUAACAUUCUUGUGCCAACAUAAAGACUAUUUAUUAAUGAGAGAUCAUCUUGUUGAUGAUGCCGUAGCCGAUUUGGAAGUGAAACUUCAAGAAUAUUGUGUAGAAGUUGCAUAUCCCUAUUCGCCAGCGAUUGGUGAACUUUGUUUGGCUAAAUUUGAUGAUGGUUUAUGGUACCGAGCGUUGUGUACGAAAAUAUCUGAAGAUGAUCCGAGUAAAAAUAUUUUUACCGUUCAUUUCUUAGACUGGGGAUUAGAGUACUCUGUUGACGCUGAAGACUUACGAAAAAUGUCUUCAGAUUUUGCUUAUCUACCAGCGUCUGCGAUUAAAUGUUAUAUUAAAGAUGCCGAUGUUUCGAAAUGGAGUGAUAGUACACUGAAAACUUUGGCCCAAUUAAUGUUAACCCAGUUCAGUUGUAUUAUUUUUGAUAAGAUAUCUAUCGACAGUUACUCCAUCAAAUGUGAUUACAUAUAUAACUUAGUGCAAUCCAAUCAGGAAUUAGCUACUAUAUAAGUUAAAUUAAAGAAUUUAACUUAAAAUUUUUAUUUUUCAGAACUUAUGAAAUUAUUUAUUUAAGCUAAUUGUUUUUGUUAUUGUUUUUGUCUCUUUAUACUAGUGUUGUUUUUCAAAGUUGUGAAAAACCUAA